AUCCAGGCUGGAAGCACAGCCCCCAGGAGCCACCGUGGAUCGGGCAGAGCCAUGAGGGCUCUGGGGUGAAGCUGAGCCUCCACGUUGCCGAUCAGUGCUGCUGGGAAGCUUCUAGAACCUGUUCCACCGUGCUGGAAUCACAAUUGUCAUCGGAAUGUGGCGACUGGAAGAGCCAGAGGAGCUUGGGAAGUCCCCAAAACGCGGGUGGAUGGGACAGAGGAAACCCUCUGGAGUGGGACACAGUGCCUUGUUCCCCGGGAACCACACGGGAGGGAGCCCGUUGGAGUUACCUCCUCCUUCCCAACGAGCUCGGUCCCGGGGCUGAGGGAUAACCAGAGCCCCUUGGCAGGAGGCCGAGGCUCCGUGGGGACAGAACUCUGUGCAACAGGUGAUCCUGCUCCCGAGUCCUGGCGUCCGUGAGAGGAGGAGAUGGUUCCGUGGGGGUGUGGGAACAGCUCCGGAGCGCUGGGAGCACGUGCAGGGCUGCUGGGUGUGGGUUGUCUCCUGGGAAUCUCCGUGUGGGCGAACGAGCCGCGGCUUCCGCCUCGGCCCAGCUCUGGGCGGCAGCUCCGGCGCGUCCUGCGCUGCUGGUUGGGACGGGGACCUGCCUCUGCCAAGUGGUACGACCGGAGGGACUACGUCUUUAUCGAGUUCUGUGUCGAAGACAGCAAAGAUGUUAAUGUAAAUUUUGAAAAGUCCAAACUCACGUUCAGUUGUCUUGGAGGAAGCGAUAACUUUAAACAUUUAAAUGAAAUCGACCUUUUUAAUAAUAUCGAUCCAAAUGAAUCAAAGCAUAAAAGAACAGACAGAUCCAUCUUAUGUUGUUUACGAAAAGGAGAGUCUGGUCAGGCAUGGCCAAGGUUAACAAAAGAGAGGGCAAAGCUCAACUGGCUCAGCGUGGACUUCAACAACUGGAAAGACUGGGAAGAUGAUUCAGAUGAAGACAUGUCCAAUUUCGAUCGCUUUUCCGAGAUGAUGAACAACAUGGGUGGAGACGACGACGUAGAUUUGCCAGAAGUAGAUGGGGCAGAUGAUGACUCACCAGACAGCGAUGAUGAAAAAAUGCCGGAUCUGGAGUAAGGAAAACUGUCGUCUUCAGGGUUUUGGGGAAAGAACUUCAUCACAACAUUUCAUAAUUGAGAUAAGAAUUCCUGAGUUGAUAGCCCUAAAGGGAGAUCCUGCAUCCUUUAACCCAUUUUCAGUCCAUUUUAAAUGGCUUCACUGAUGGUAGGUGUGUCCCAUGGCACGGGGCGGUCUUAAGCCACGAGAGGCAAUAACGUUAUGCAUGAACCGUUUUCCAGACUUCCAAAAAAAGACAAACAAACCCCCCAAUUGAGGUGUAGGCAAUCCGUACAGAACAGUUGCAAUAAAGUUUACAGAGCCUCCUUGCCUCGUAGCAGAUGUAAUUACAAUGGGAGAACCCCUGAAUUUACACCAAAUGGUUAAGCAUUUUUCCCCCCCCUUCCUCCUCCACGGCCUGAAAUUGUCUGUUUGUACCGGGAACAAAACUUGUUGUCAUUGGCUCCCCAAAUUCAGCAGGCGAGGCAACAUCCCUCCGUGGCGUCUUCAGGUCUGUUCCACUAAAGUUCGUAUUGAAAAGGAAAACCUAAAACUUCUCCUCGUUUGGUGUUGGGCCCCCCCGAGCCCCCGAGCGGUGCCGGUGGCCGGAGCCUGUCCCUGGUUCCGUGUGACCCCCCCCAGACCUCCCCCCUCCUCGCCCGGGGUGAGUGGCUGUACAUUGUUUGCUUUGUCAAUCUGUACAUUUAGACCAAAUCGUAUUUGCACUGUGGGUUUGGCAGCGAGUGACAGACCGUGGGGCCUGCGACCGGGCUGAGAAACCUCAAUUUAUGUUCAGAGCAGCUGGGAUUUUUUUAAUGUCUGCAUUCUUUCUAAUAAACUGUUGAAGACUCCCUGGCUCUCC